CUCCUUUCGCCCGCUCGACGCUCGCUGUCUCCCUCCCAGCAGCAGCUCUCGUCCUCGCAGCCUCGCUCUCUCGCUCGCAGCUCACUCUCUCAUUCUCACUCAGUUCACUCUGUCUCCCAAGUCCCAUCUGCGUCGCUCUGCGCUCUCUCAUUCUCAGACUCAAGCGGAUCUUCACUUUCUCAGGAAGUUGCUGUCCUUCCAUACCUCGUCAUCUCUCCGGCGAUCCCGAUCUGCUAGUCUCUCUCUAGUUAUCUCUUCCUCCCAAUUCCGGUGAGUUCGGCCGAGAGAGGAGCCAGUGCUGCUCAACUAUCUUCAGUUCUUUCUUGGGGGACUUGAUCUGCAUGGCUUGAGACCUUCAGAGGGCUUAGAAGAAGAUGGGGUUGAACCGCCGGAGAUUACCUUGUGAGAACUGGUGAAACCGACAAAAAGUGUUUGUAGAUAUACUUAUUCUGGCGUCUGGGUCUCUUCUUUCAAAAUAAAACCGUGGGAUCUUAUCCAAUGGCAGCAAGGCAAAUGGAAGAAAUACAGAGAAAACUGGGUAUGCUGAAUUACCCAAGAGCCAAUGCUCCUGCUCAGUCUCUUCUCUUUGCAGGCAUGGAGCGCUACGCCCUUCUUGAGUGGCUCUUCUUCCGGUUAUUGGGUGAUAAGUCACCAUUCUCACAACAAAGUCCCCAAGCGGAUGCGAUGGAUCGUGAGGAAGAGACUUCUCGCAUCCAAUAUUUGGCAGAGAUUGCAAAGUUUCUGGGCAUUACAACUACCAUAGAUACAGAAGCUAUCCAAGGACGAGGAAGCUAUGAAGAUCGAAGUGAAAUGCUUCGUCUUAUUGUUGAUCUUGUGGAGGCGAGCAUCUAUGCUGAUAAUCCAGAAUGGAGCAUAGAUGAGCAGGUGUCAAGGGAUAUACAACUUAUAGAUUCUAUUGCUGAAAAACAAGCUCAAAUAUUCUCAGAAGAAUGCAAGUUGUUCCCUGCGGAUGUUCAAAUUCAAUCAAUCUAUCCACUGCCAGAUGUUUCUGAGCUGGAGUCAAAGCUUUCAGAACAAACAAAGAUAUUGUUGAAUCUUCAACAGAAGGUCGAUGAUCUGGCAUCAAAGCAUGCUUACAACCCAGAUGAGGAGUACGCGGAGGUUGAAUCCCAAUUGCGGGCACAUUUGGCAUCUUUUCUAGAAACUGCAAGGUCAUUCAAUAUGAUUUACACCAAGGAAAUUCGUCCCUGGACACAUAUGAUGGAGGUACCACAGCUCCAUGGGUUUGGCCCAGCUGCCAAUCGCUUAUUGGAUGCAUACAAAAUGCUUUUGAAGUUCCUAGGGAAUUUGAGGAAUCUUAGAGACUCCCAUGCAGCUCUGGCCGUUGGCUCAUGCGAAACAAUUGCUGGCGAGCCCUCUUCUGUAACGAGAAUAAUAUCCGAGUGUGAGUCUGCAUUAACUUUUUUAAAUCGUGACCUUGGAAUUCUCUCGGCUUCUAUUGCUCGUGAACAGGGUGAGAGGAGAUGAAUUUAUGCUGAAAUUGUUACAUAAAUGUAUUGCCCAGGGAAAGCAUAGAUGCAAUCUUCAUAUUCUUUGGGGUACAUUUGAAAAAACCAUACUAAUGUUGAUUGCGACCUUGGAAUUCUCUCUAUAGGAAUGUUCAUUGUGGUUGCAUUGUUGCAUAUUCCAUUUGGAUUUUAACGAUAUUGACUGAACAAGUGUUCGAUAUAUAACUGUAGAUUUAGGCCCUGUUUGGAUAGUGAGAUGAGAUGAGAUAGUUUUAGAU